AUGCAACAUGAAGAACCCAGCAUUGACGAAUUGGUAGAAAUAAUGUCUGAUAUGCUCUCUAUCGAUCUUGAAGAUCCCCAGAACUCUCAGAUGCGGGCCGCCCUCCAGGGAGGGAUGUACGGAAAGCGAUACGACCGUCUGGGCGAAAUAUGCGACAUUGACAACGCAAUAAAAUACACACAGAUGGCGAUUUCUCUUUCACCCGAGGAUUACCCAGGCCUGGGUGCAUCCUAUGGUUCCCGGUUCGAGCGUCUAGGAGCUCUGAAUGAUAUCGAGAAAGGGAUUGAAUAUGGUUCUCGCGGAGUCUCUCUGACUCCGGACGAUCACCCCGACUUGCCGAGCCGACUCACCAACAUGGGAUGUUUAUACGAGGUCCUGUUUGAGCACGUUGGUGAAAUGGAUGACCUAAAAAAGGCAAUCCAGUAUCGCUCUCGUGCAGUUGAGUUGACUCCUGAGGAUCAUCCAGGCUUGCCGAACCGACUUGCUGGACUUGGAAUGUCAUACAAAUACCGAUAUAUGCGCCUAGAUAAAUUGGAUGACCUCGAAAAGGCAAUCGAAUACGCUUCGCUUGCGGUCACGAUAACUCCCGAAGACCAUCCCGAUCUCUCGUACUGGCUUGCCAACCUAGCGACAUCCUAUGCCUGCCGAUAUCACCGCCUUCGCGAACCAGAGGAUUUGGAGAAGGUUAUUAAAUAUAAAUACUACACGGUCACCCUAACCCCGGAUGAUCAUCCAUACCAAGCGUCUCGACUCGCCGAGCUGGGGAAAGCAUACAGUGACCGAUUUGAGCUACUAGGAGACCAGAGCGACAUGGAGAAGGCAUUCGAAUAUAAAUCCUUGGGACUGCUCUUGACCCCCGAAGGGCAUCCCGGUUUACCUCUGCAACAUAACAACCUAGCACUCCUUCACAUUCAGGCUUAUGGAAGAACCGGCGAGGAUCUCCAUCUGAAACAUGCGUUGGACUCCUUCCGCGAAGCGACCAGAUCGCUGACCGGGUCGCCUCGCGAUAAGUUUCAGUACGCUUUGAAAUGGGCCAAGCUUGCAUCUCAAUUGGACUCUCUGAACGCCAUUGAAGCUUACCAAACAACGAUGAAUCUUCUACCUCAGUUUAUAUGGCUAGGUACCACAACCGCGCAGCGUUAUCAAGAUCUAGAGGAGGUACAAAAUUUAGCAGUCAACGCGGCCUCUGUUGCCAUCCGCUCUUCGAAUUACAAACUAGCUCUAGAAUGGCUCGAAGAUGCUCGAUGCGUAGUUUGGAAUCAGAGCCUCAUGCUUCGCUCGCCUCUUGACGAACUUCAGUCCUCUUAUCCAGAGGUAGCCGCACGACUUCAGACCACCGCUAGUAAGCUUCAUAGUGCCAGCUCCGAGCCGCGAGAGCCCCAGACAGUCGCUUCUGGAUCAAUGAAUCCAACACAAACGGCCCAAGAACAUCGUCGUCUAGCACAAGAAUAUAGCAACCUACUCUCUCAGGCCCGUGAGCUUCCGGGUUUCGAGGAUUUUCUUCAACCAAUGAAAGCUGACCGACUUGUCCGUGCCGCCAGAUACGGGCCUAUUGUAGUAAUCAAUUGCCAUGCAGAGCGUUCUGAUGCACUAGUCAUAUUCCCUGGCCAAGAAGUUAUCAAACACAUUCAUCUUGCUGAUUUUACUGGGUCAAAAGCAGAGCGAGCUCACUCGGAAAUGGACAAAUCGCUCAGUGCCCAGUAUUUAAGGGAGCGUGGUUUUAAGCCUCUUGGCGAACCUGAACAAAAAGACAAUUUCGGAAAGGUGCUGGCACUUCUUUGGUAUGAGGUUGUCAAGCCAAUUUUAGACUCUUUGGGCUAUAUGAAUAAUUCGUCGGCAGAAAAUAUGCCGCAUAUAACCUGGUGCCCAACCGGUCAACUUUCCUUCUUGCCGUUGCAUGCUGCUGGAGAUUAUGACAAGUCCGGGUCACGAGUCUUCGAUUACGUCGUCUCUUCCUAUACACCAACACUUACCGCCCUUCUGAACUCUACUCCCACUUCACUCACCCAUGACUCUCGAAUGCUCGCAAUCGCCCAACCAGGUACGCCAGGGUGUACUCCACUGCCCGGUACCAUCAAGGAGCUCGAGAGGAUCAAGAUGCAUGCAAAUGAUAGGUUACAGUACUCGCAACUCAUCGAUUCUCAAGCGACAACAAGUGUGGUGCUUGACCAGAUGGAACAACAUGGUUGGGUGCAUCUUGCUUGCCAUGCUCAUCAGAACGUGAUAAAUGCGACCAAGAGCGGAUUCUUCUUGCACAACGGGACGCUUGAUUUGGCAGCCAUCAAUCGACGGUCAUUUACGAAGAAGGGACUGGCAUUUCUAUCGGCGUGUCAGACUGCGAAGGGAGACAAGAAACUCCCAGACGAAGCUGUGCAUCUGGCAUCUGGCAUGCUGAUGGCUGGUUAUUGUAGUGUCAUUGGGACGAUGUGGUCUGUGGCUGACGACGACGCGCCAUUCAUUGCGGAUAGGGUCUAUCCUCAGCUGAUAGAGGGUGGUAAGCUUGGAGAGGGUGAAGCGGGGAAAGCGCUCCAUAAAGCCGUUGCGGAGCUGCGUGAGAGAGUUGGGGAGAAUAAGUUUGGCCGUUGGGUGCCGUACAUCCACAUAGGCUCUUAG